ACGAUCACGCCUUAUCGCGCGUGAGAUUCGCGGCCGCCGCUGAUAGGCUCGCUUGGUUCGGGUAGAUUCGCCAGCGCCACGGCAGUGAAAUCGGCCCAGUUCGGUAGUGAUAGUCACAGUGAACGGUGCCAGAGUUUUCGCUUCAACCAUGUACGCUCAAUCUGCGGCAGAUGAGGUCGGUGGAGACGGUGGAAAUGUACGUGUCGUUGAUUUCCGCUCGGACACAUUGUCCGUGCCCACACCGAGCAUGCGCAAGGCAAUCUUCGAAGCGGUUGUGGGCGACGACGUGUACGGUGAAGAUCCGACCGUGCGGAAGCUGGAGCAACGGUCGGCCGCGCUCUUCGGCAAGGAGGCUGCCCUGUUCGUACCAUCCGGUACCAUGGCCAAUCUGCUGGCAAUUAUGGUCCACUGUUCACGGCGUGGCACGGAAGCGGUCGUCGGUGAUAUGGCGCACGGAUUUCUCUACGAGCAGGGAGGCGCGGCACAGAUCGCCGGCGUGCUGCUGAGCACGAUUCGCAACAAUCCGGACGGUACUUUCUGUUUGAAUGAACUGUCGAAAAAGUUCCGCGGCUUCGAUAUCCACGAGCCCAACACCGUACUCGUGAUGGUCGAAAAUACCCACAACAUGUGUGGGGGUAAGGUUUUGCCACUGGAUUGGCUAGAGAAUCUGGCCAAGAUGUGCGCCGAGAAGGGCGCUAAGGUGCACAUGGAUGGGGCCCGCGUGUUCAACGCAGCUGCGCAUUUGAAUUUACCCGUAUCGCGCAUUGUCCGGGACGUGGAUUCCGUGUGUUUCUGUUUGAGUAAAGGGCUAGCGUGUCCCGUCGGUUCCGUGCUCGUUGGUUCGGCGGAAUUCAUCAAAGAAGCGCACCGGUUGCGAAAAGCACUUGGAGGCGGAAUGAGGCAGGUAGGAUUCCUGGCAGCGGCCGGACUCUGCGCACUGGACGAGAUUGUGCCGAAACUGAAGGACGACCAUGCCAGAACCAGACGGGUGGCGGAAGCGAUCGAUCAGCUGGCCAGCCCAAUUUUCAAGGUCGAUCUCGAGAAUCUGCAUAGCAACAUUCUGAUGGUGCAGAUCCUUAGCCAAAAGGUGCACUCGAGCGAUCUAGCACACCGGCUGGCCACGGUGUACCCCGGAGAGGCGGAAGCGGGAGUCGUCGACUCGCAAGGCAAGGGCAUCGUCCUGAAGCUGAGUGCCCGCGAUUGGGCAUUCGCACGUAUCGUCAUCUAUACCAACAUUACGGAUGAGGAUGUGGAGCUGGCUAUCAGAAAGAUUCGAUUCGUUUUCCGAGAGUAUGAAAACGAUUUGUAAAGCGAUGCAAAGGAAGCAGAGCAUGUAGGAAAUGCACUGUUUUCUGUUGGAUAACCGAAUAAAGCAUAAC